ACUUACAUUUUUGUCAAACAAUUUAUGUUUACGUUAUUUUAUUGAGUUAUGUACGCGUUUUGUCUUGUUAUUUUCCAAUUUUUCACGCUGUUUUGUUCGGUUUAUCCCGAUCAGUACCAGAAUACGCCGAAUAAGUACCGUUUAAGAGAAGGGCGCACCUGUAACCACAAACCUUACUCGGCGUUGGAUCCUUUCUACCGCAAAAGCAUCUUCGAGAAUACCACUUACCUAUUUUUUAUUAUACUGCUAGGUAUCCUUUUUGGCUUGAUGGUGUUGGGACUCAUAAAAGGGCUUGUCGGAGUUUUGUGCCUAAAAUGUGUAGGUGAGUACGGCAUGAGCAUGUUAGUAGACUUACCCAAGCCUCUGGACGAGUACCAAGAAAAAGAACUGAAAGGCAGGACAGUGUGCUAUGACGUGGCUGGAUGGCCAGUUCAUCCAGAUUCUGGAGAACGAUCCGUCAGAAUAUUAUCACUGAAAACCGAAUUUUGUCUAAACCUGAUAUUUUUCCUCGCCUACCCCUUGGCCCUGAUAUUAAGACUGUGCUCUCUAUGUUGUUGCAUUAAAAAUGGCGGCGACGAUGACGAAACUUGCUAUAAACGAGUCAAUAUAAUUAGAUGUAAAGCAGAUAAAAAAAACUCUAGACCAGAAGUUGACAGAUACUAUGACAACGACUUAAGGGAAGCCUCAGACACUCACUACGUCAUCCAGUGCAUGAAAGAAAGUCAACUAUCAUUAGAAAAACUUCACAAUUCUUUCAGCUGAAAUUAGGAGUACUCUAAGCGAAAAAAAACGACAAAUAAAUUAGUGAAUUAUUU